AUGCUUCAUUCUUCAAAAUUCCCCUUGCAUAUACUCUGGUUACCUCUCUCUCUCCCACAUCACCCAUGCCGCCUCCCCUGCCGUCCGCCAGACAGUGUGUACGCGGUGGCGUGCAGCCCUCUCCCGGGCGGCAGAGUGGCGUCGGGUGGCGGGGAUGACGUGGCGUACCUGUGGACCAUAGGGCAGGCGGAGGACCCCGUCAAGCUGGAAGGGCACAGGGACAGCAUAGCAGCGGUGGAGUUCAGUGGGGAUGGGCGGUGGGUGGCGACAGCGGGGAUGGACGGAGUGGUCAUGCUGUGGGACGCCGACACGGGGUACAGGCGCCACCGCCUCGAGGGGCCCGGGGAGGCCAUCGAGGUGCGCAUGGCUGCCACGGCACGGCACGGCCCUCGCCCUCGCCCUCGCCUUCCUCUGCCAUGCUCACCCCAGCGCUGUCUGGUCAUUGCCCUGGUUGCUGUGCCUGCUGUGGGCGGUCGCAGCUCUCUCACCUUCCUCUCCACCCAUAUUCUACCCUUUCCUGACGUGGCAUCCACGGGGAGCGGUGGUACUGGCGGGGUCGGAGGAUCUAACAGCGUGGAUGUGGAAUGCGGAGACGGGGGCGUGCAUGGCCGUCUUCACCGGGCACAGCGCAGGGGUCACCUGUGGGGCCUUCUCGCCCGAUGGUACGCGAUCCUGCUUCCUCUGCUCUUCAUGCCUGCACUGUGGUGUGGACGAGGGCGGGCGGUGUGGACGGGGUCAACGGACGGGUCGGUGCGCUGCUGGGACCCGCGCUCUGCCGCCACCACCGCCACCCUCCAAGGACCAUUGUUCCACAGCGACGCCAUCACGUGUCUGGCCAUGGCGCCUCAGGGCGCAGUGGGCGCUGCUGGCUCCUCCGACCACACCACCGCCCUCUUUGGCCUGCACCAGCCCAAGGUGUUAGGGAAGCUGGAGGGGCACACGGACUCGGUGGAGGCGGUGGUCUUCAACCCCCUGGGGCCAACGGUGGCAACGGCAUCACUGGACGGCUCAGUGCGCAUAUUUGACAUCAACUCGCUGCAGCUGCGCUCCACCUGCACUCACCAGCACUGCACAGUUCCCUCACCCUCUUAUCUCUUCACGCCCCUCCCCACUCGCCCCUCUCCCCUAUGCCGCCUUUGCGGCCACCGGCAGGACGAGGUGGUGCAGAUGGCGUGGGCGCCCGCAGCACCACUGCUCGUGACGGCGACGGCAGACGGAGCAGUGCACGUGUGGGAUGCGCGCACGGGGGCCAUUCAGAGGACCCUGCGCGGCAACCGUGAUGCCGUGGUCUCCCUUGCCCUCACCCCGUGA